GUCUGAGGGUCUGAGCCUGAGGCGAGCCCAUGAAGUGGUCCUGGAUCAGCGUCCGUUCAUCAGGCCCAACGCCGGGUUCUGGCUCCAGCUGCUGGACUACGAGCGCUCGCUGUUUGGCAAGACCAGCGUCCGGAUGGCGAGGACGUCGGCCGGUGUCCUGCCUGAAGCCCUGCAGGACACCGGGACCACCGGGGGGGACACCGGGACCACCGGGGCGUACUGCAUUAACAUCUGAGACUGAGCCAACCCCCACGGUUCCAGGACUCCUACAUGAUGUUUACCUGUUACAUGUCAGAGCUAGUGCCCCCCCCACCUCCCUGUUUUUCCCCCCCGAUAAAGUAAAUUUUUACAAAACUUAAGUUUCUACGU